CUCGUUCCCUCCGCGUGGCCUCCGUUUCUCCAGCCGCGCCGUUCCGGUCCCUGUGGGCCUCAGCCACCGUCUCUCCCCCGCGGAUGGCUCCCAGCUCUCAGCGCGCUCCCGCAACACCUCCGCACGUGUGCGCGUCCCUGCGCGGGGCGGGGCGGGGCUAAGGACGGCCACGCCUCCGCGCGCCCCCGCUCUCGGGCCUAGGCGGUUCCUCGGCUGGACCGCCCGCCUCGCGCCGGAGCUGGCCUCCCCAGGGUCUCCACGCAGCCGUCCUGGCUAGCCCAUGGUAGCCUGGCAGCGCGGAGCUCCGAGCCCCGCCAGCCCGAGUGGAUCCCGGGAGCCUCCGAGGGACGGCCGCUCCAGGUCAGGAGAGGGGUGGGGACAGAGCCCCGGUCUCCCUGGACCAGGAGAACCGAGGGCUACUUUUCUGUUCCUCCACCUCGAGGCCCGUGAUCCUGCGGAUGUCGCCCGUCGUGCCGGCGUCCGUGUGGGCAUGUGCGGGCGUAUUUUGUGGUCUGGAGAUGCGCGCGCGCGCGCGCGCGUGUGUGUGUGUGUGUGUGUGUGUGGAGGUGGGGAUUGGGGAGAAGCAGCUCCAGCCCCGCAGCAGCGCGGGGGGGGGGGGGGGGGGGGGGGGGAGGGCAGACACGGGCCUGGCUGUGGCUAGGCGCUCUAGUCACGGGCCCACCUGCCAACCAGGAUCCGGGAAGGGCCCCUUAUAUGGUAAGCGACCCAGUUGUACAAGCCCCACAUGUGGCAAGGGCCACCGCCUUCUCUAUCCCAGACCCACUUGCACACUGGGUGGGGAAGUGAGUUUGGAGACAAGGCCGGAUGUGGUGGUGGAUGUCGGGGAGUUAGAGGGCCUUCCCCCAGGUUUCUUGUCCAUGCCUUCCCGGCAACAUCCCUCCUCAGCCCAGAGGAGGCUUCUCUUACCCAGACCUUAGGAAGCGCGUCCCAGCAGGAUCCGCCCCGUGGUCUACAUGGGUCCUGGGACUGAGUAGUCCUGGCCUUGAGGUUUCUAGCCUCAAAGGCCUCUCAAUUCCCAGAUGAGCAAGGACAAGGGGGCCUCUGAGCCCAUAUACUCUGCCCUUGCUGAACCCACCAAGGAACCUUCCUGUCCAGUUUCUGAGCAGGAAGUGAGGGUUAGAUACCGAUCCUGGAGAAGUGGGGCCACAGUCGCGCCAGGGAGCCCUGUUUUAGAGACUUAGGGUGUGGGGUUCCCAGGCUCAUGCUGAGAAGUCUGGGGGAGAUUCCCACUAAGCAGGCCUCUGGUCUGGCUCUGGCUGAGGUGGGGAUGGGAGUCGCUCGUCCUCCAGUGCCAUCCCUGGACUCAGACCAGGGGGGUUGCUAAGGUCUUUGAGAUAGGGAAGUUUCCAGCCUGCUCUCCUCCAUUCUGAGCUGCCGGCUCCUCUAGCUUUGGCCAGCGGGGGCUUAGCUCUGUCAACCCCACCCCCACCUGACACCGGUGGAAACUGGUCCAGGCUGGUGAGUGGGGAAGUGGAGGGGGCGGUGGUAACCAGCCCUGGGGUGAAUCAGGAUGGAGUGAGCCAAGAGAGGGGGACAGAGUCUACCAGGGGACUCCUGACAUCAGGCCUGAGGAAUUUCUCCCGUCUCGCUACACAUAGCCCCUUUUGGACUCCGAGAAGUGUCCCAGCUCCUUUGCCUGAGUGUUGGAAUGACACUCCAACAUCUUCUCCAAGAGAUGCAGUCCAUGGGAGCACUGCUAGCCAGCAGAGCCAUGCUUCACAACUCCAGCCACAGGGAGGAUAAGACCUGGAGGGUACAGGGCAGGGACAGGGAAGAGGUAUGGGGAGGGGGAGCCCUGGCCCCCAAUACCUCCUCCCCAUUCCCUCCUGAGCCUCCAGGGGCCUCAGGCAGCAUUAUCCCUGUCUACUGUGCCCUCCUGGCCACUGUGGUCCUCGGUCUGCUCGCCUACGUGGCCUUCAAGUGCUGGCGCUCCCAUAAACAAAGACAGCAGUUGGCCAAAGCUCGGACUGCAGAGCUGGGGACCUUCGAUAGGGACCAGAGGCACGGAGACAGCAUUGUUUUCCUGGACAAUCCUAGCGGUCAGGAGCCCUGCGCCCCCAGUCAGGGGCCACAUCCUGAGCUUGGCUGCCGCCUCUACCUUCACCUCCCUCAGCAGCAGCAGGAGGAAGUGGAACGGCUCCUGGAAGUCUCAGGCGAACCUGACAAGGGCUGGCAGGGUCUGGCGGGCCGCCUGGGCUACCAGACUGAUGCUGUGGAGGUCAUGGCCCAGGACCAGGUGCCAGCCUACACCCUGCUGAGGGACUGGGCUGUCAAAGAAGGCAGCGGUGCCACUCUCGGGGUGUUAGAGGACGCCCUGGCUGCCAUGGGCCGCGAAGACGUGGUCCGGGUUCUGCGCCCCCCAGCUGAGGGCUGCUCUGUGGUGUGAGCGGUGCCGGCACAGCCCCGGCCGCUCAGGGAAUCUGCUUCGGUGCUUUUCCUUUCUUCGGCUUCCUGGCACUGGUGGCCUCAGCCUGCCUUGCUCUGGGGGAACAGAGAAGAUCCGGCCACCACUCAGCUCCCCUUGUCCGGCCUUCCUCCAGGACGGGGACCAGGAUGUGGGGGGGUCAGCAGUGAGGGGUGGUCCUGCCCUCCUCCCUGCCCCACCUCCCCUCACUUAGCCUCAACUGGUUUUUCUAUUUUUGUAUCUCGUAUUAAAGGCAACUUUGGACUACC